AGGACGGCUCGCAGAAGAAUCCGCUAUUCUCUGUGUGAACGGCCAGAAUUAUGUCGAGUUUGGCGGUGAGAGACCCGGCAAUGGAUCGAUCACUGCGUUCCGUGUUCGUGGGGAACAUUCCGUAUGAGGCAACUGAGGAGCAGCUAAAGGACAUUUUCUCUGAGGUUGGUUCCGUUGUCAGUUUCCGGCUGGUAUACGAUAGAGAGACGGGAAAACCUAAAGGUUAUGGCUUCUGCGAGUAUCAAGACCAGGAGACCGCGCUUAGUGCCAUGCGGAACCUUAAUGGGCGGGAGUUCAGCGGGAGAGCGCUUCGGGUGGACAAUGCUGCCAGUGAAAAAAAUAAGGAGGAGCUAAAGAGUCUAGGGCCUGCAGCGCCCAUCAUUGACUCACCCUACGGGGACCCCAUCGAUCCGGAAGAUGCCCCUGAAUCAAUAACCAGAGCAGUUGCCAGCCUCCCUCCAGAACAGAUGUUUGAGUUGAUGAAGCAGAUGAAGCUCUGUGUCCAAAAUAGUCACCAGGAAGCUCGAAACAUGUUACUGCAAAACCCGCAGCUGGCUUACGCGCUGUUGCAGGCACAAGUGGUGAUGAGAAUAAUGGAUCCAGAGAUUGCUCUGAAAAUUCUGCAUCGCAAGAUACAUGUCACGCCGCUUAUCCCAGGCAAAUCUCAAUCUGUCUCUGUCUCCGGUCCUGGCCCUGGCCCUGGCCCUGGGCUCUGCCCAGGACCCAAUGUUCUGUUGAACCAGCAGAAUCCACCAGCCCCUCAGCCUCAGCAUUUGGCUAGAAGACCUGUGAAGGACAUUCCUCCUCUGAUGCAGACUCCUAUCCAGGGUGGAAUUCCAGCCCCGGGGCCAAUCCCAGCUUCUAUUCCUGGUCCUGGUUCCUUAACUCCUGGAGGAGGAAUGCAGCCCCAAGUUGGAAUGCCAGGAGUUGGCCCAGUGCCUUUAGAGCGAGGACAAGUGCAAAUGACAGAUCCCAGAGCUCCUAUACCUCGUGGACCCAUGACUGCUGCUGGCCUACCUCCUCGAGGACUGUUAGGAGAUGCUCCAAAUGACCCACGUGGAGGGACUUUGCUUUCAGUCACUGGGGAAGUAGAGCCCAGAGGUUACAUGGGCCCACCCCAUCAGGGUCCUCCCAUGCACCAUGCCUCUGGUCAUGAGAGCCGUGGCCCUUCCUCACAUGAUAUGAGGGGUGCGCCAAUAGCAGAUCCCAGGCUACUAAUUGGAGAACCCAGAGGACCCAUGAUGGAUCAAAGGGGUCUACCCAUGGACGGUAGAGGUAGUAGAGAUUCUCGAGGGGUGGAUACUCGAGCCAUGGAAACUGAGGUCUUAGAAGCACGAGUAAUGGAGAGAAGAGGAAUGGAGACCUGUGCAAUGGAAGCCAGAGGAAUGGAAGCUAGGGGCAUGGAUGCAAGAGGAAUGGAGAUAAGGGGCCCUGGCCCGACUUCAAGAGGCCCUAUGACAAGUGGUCUCCAGGGUCCUGGUCCCAUUAAUAUGGGGGCAGGUGGGCCUCAGGGACCCAGACAGGUCCCAAGCAUUUCAGGGGUAGGAAAUCCUGGAGCUGGCAUGCAGGGAUCAGGCAUACAAGGAGCAGGCAUGCAGGGGGCAGGAAUGCAAGGAGGAGGCAUACAAGGGACAGGCAUGCAGGGAGCAGGUAUGCAAGGGGCGGGCGUGCAGGGAGCAGGAAUGCAAGGAGGAGGCAUGCAGGGGGCAGGCAAGCAAGGUGGAGGCCAACCUAGCAGUUUUAGUCCUGGGCAGAGCCAAGUAACUCCACAGGAUCAAGAAAAAGCAGCUUUGAUCAUGCAGGUUCUUCAGCUGACUGCGGAUCAGAUUGCCAUGCUGCCUCCUGAGCAAAGGCAAAGUAUCCUGAUUUUAAAGGAACAAAUCCAGAAGUCCACUGGCGCUUCUUGAAAGGUUUUAGAAAAUACUUGGCAGUUGUCUCAAAGUUAAUUUUGUAGCAUGGUGAAUGGGUGCAAAAAGCUGACUUCUGCAUCCCCAUACUUAAAUGAUAAAAGUUUCCCCCCUAGAGCGUAAUCUUGUUUCUUGUUUUUUUCUUUCUCUUUUGCUUUUUUCUUUUUUUAAAUGGGGGAUAGGGGAAGAGGGAGUGGGUCUGUUCAUGUUAAGUUACCGUAAACACAAAAAUAACAUGAUUGUAUUAUACCAAGUAAGAUUACAAAGAAUGUGCAGCAAUAUGAAAAAUGUCUCCAAUACGUUAACUCCAUUUUAAAAUAUUGGGUGGAACUAUGUGAAAACAAAAAACCCUAAAGGCUUACCUGUUAAAAUGGUAAUGUGCUAAGAUAAUUUAAGGUUUUUUGGUUAUAUAAUAA